AUGACCAGAGGUGUUUGGACGUGUCGGCAGCAAGAUGACGGCUUAAAAAUCUGGUUUGCACCCCGAGAGGACGAAAAGCCAUUAUUCACCGAUUCGGAAAGGGCCCAGAGAUGGCGACUGUCCUUAGCCUCUCUAUUGUUUAUCACCGUAUUGCUUUCUGAUCAUCUGUGGUUCUGCGCCGAGGCGAAAUUGACAAGGACUCGAGACAAACGGCUCGACAAUUUGGCCGUCAUGGACACGGUGGAGCACACGAACCAUAUACUUUCACCCAGCCAUCAGCCCAUCGGAGAGCAGAGUCUUAUUUUUAUAGGCAAUUCUACCAAACCUCCGUGGAGACUUGAAACUUGUCACCCUGACAGCCUCUCCAAAAACUGCUUGACUUUCGCCGAGGCGAAAGCCGCUUGCUCGGGCCUCUCCGAGUGGAACCUGAGCGAUUUCUAUCUUUCUUUUUGUAAUUCUUACUCGCUUUUGGAUUUGUUUUACGGGUUUACGAGUCCGGACAAUUUGACCUGUAGCUUGGACAUGGCUACGGGUGGUGAUACAUUUGGAUGCAGCCGCUGCGUUCAGGCUUACCAAGGCUACGACCGACGAGCUCAGGAGAAAUACCAAGAGUUUGAGCUUUUGGUUCAGAAAUAUGAAACGGAUGUAUAUUCGGUGCGGACAUGCAUGGAAGAGUGCACGACUGUCUACAAACACUGGCUCUGUGCCCAGUUCUUCCACACCACACAGAUGCACUGCAGCAACAGGAUCCCCUGCAGGAAGUACUGCAUGGAGGUCCAGCAAAGGUGCCCCUUCAUAUUGCCUGACAAUGACGAGCUCAUCUACGGAGGAAGCCCCAGUUUUAUAUGCACAGGGCUCCAAGAGGACAACCCCUCAGACACAGAGUGCUGUGACGUUCGAUGGGACAACCAGGGGGACAACAGCUCCAAAGGGACUCUCAAAAGAACUCACCCGUCUUGUCAGCACGGGACAUCCCUGACCUCGGCAGCAGCCUCUAGACUGUGCAACAGUAGACUCAAACUCUACCUGCUGGUCCUCGUCCUCCUGCAUACUGUUGCCACACUCACAGCAUCCCACAAUACCACUGGAUUCAACCUCACCUCCAGCUCUUCUAAUGAGGAAUAAUGGAAAAGCCACUCAGCAAACCUGUUGCAGUGCCGAGCCCAAUGACAUGAUGGACCAUGGGCAGCUGUAAUGCUUUCUGGGACCCCUUGUAAAGUUCGGAUGGAGACUGUGGACAUGCAAUCAACCAAGCUAACAAAACGAACUGAAAAAG